AUGCAGGGUGGUGGCGAUGGCGGCGGCGCAGCUGCUGCUGAAGAAAAAACUGCAUUUGAUGUAGUAUUGGUUAGCGGUGGCCCAAGCAAACUGACAGUUGUUAAGAUCGUGAAAGAACUCACAGGUCUUGGACUGAAAGAAGCUAAGGACCUCGUAGACGGCGCUCCUAAAGCAGUGAAAGAAGGCGUAUCUAAAGCAGAAGCUGACGAUAUCGUUGCUAAGCUGAAAGAAGCAGGUGCUGAAGUUGAAGUGAAAUAA